GUUGACAAGCCUCCUAUGGCGCUGAUGGAUAUCAUACGCCCAAUACGGCUGAUUACUGACAUGGUAGACCAGAGGCCUUGACCUCAGAGGAGAUGACAAUUAUGUGAACGAGAUGUUGAGACGACGGUUUGGUGUCAUCAGUGCUCCCUCCUUCCUUACCAACCAAUCAUUCUAAUUUUAGCAGUUUUACGACCAUGAGGUUCUCCUCUCUUCUUCUUUGGAAAGUCCAAAUCUAUGGCUGGAAGAGAAUGGAGCCAUUUUUUGGGUUUGGUUUCGCUGCCAUUUUUCAUAAAUGUUUCUGAAAGGUGCUGCAGUUGAGCAAGACCCACUCCAGUCCGAGGCAAUUGUCAAGCAAGUCAGAUGAUUCUGGAGAGAGCCGACACAGCACACUGGCUCGAAAAAUAAACCUAAAACCUCCGAAGGCUAGUCUUAUACAAUGGAAUGCAACAAAGAAGAAGCGGUUCGUGCCCAGCAGAUUGCUGAAACAAAAUUCAAGGCUAGAGACUUUAACGGUGCAAAAAGGUUUGCUAUGAAGGCCCUCAAUCUCAAUCCUUCUUUAGAAGGAUUAUCUCAAAUGCUUCCAGUGAUCGAUGUCCACAUGAUAUCACAGCAAACAAUCGGAAAUGGAGAAAAGGACUGGUAUGGGAUACUGCAGGUGGAUCCGGUAGCUAACGACGCAACAAUAAAGUCACAGUACAAGAAACUUUGUCUUCUCUUUCAUCCAGAUAAGAAUAAAGCUCUUGGGGCUGAGAGUGCAUUCAAACUCAUCAGUGAUGCAUGGAUGGUCUUGUCCGAUAGAUCGAAGAAACUUCUUUAUGAUUCAAAGCGAAAGUUUCCUCGACCUCCAAAUGUGAAAGCUAACGUGGACGAGAUUCGCAGCAGAGGACAGUCUUCUGGGAUGAAGCCAGAUUUGAGAAAAGUGGAGACUGAAGGAGGACCAACACUUGCUCAACUGAAAGCUGAAGUGGAGAAGAAGUUGAAGGCCGAAAAAUCCUUACAGAUGCAGAAGGAAAGGGAGAGGCUCGUUAAAGAGUCAGACUUUAUCUUAAAAAGGCGAAUAGCGGCAGAGGAGUUGAAGAAGCGAGAGAGGGAAGUGAAAAAAGAGAUACACACAGAAAAGAAGAAGAUGAGUAAUCUGGAGAGGAGGAAGAAGGCCAGAGGGGUGGAACCAGCUGAGGCUGACUUACAGAAUGUCUGCAACGAGACAUUCGAGGGAAUUCAAUUUUCCAGUACAAGUGAACGUAGUACACAAGAUCGAUCAAAGCGGCUGGAGACCAGGUUUGAGGCUCGUGCAGCUCGCGCUCAAGAAUGUGCGAGUCCCAUUCCCAAGGAUAAAGUGGAAUCCACUCAUCAAUCAGCAGAUAUCGCAAGCAUAAAUCCAGCUGCUUCUACGUGCUUGCAAAAUGACCCUGCCAAGAGAAAGAAAACGUUGAGUGAACUGAUUGGGCAUGAAGCAGCUCGUUCCAAACAGACGACAGACAUGGAGAGUAUCACCUUAGAGCACAAUUUAGAGGGACCAGAGGUCGAAGAAAUUCCAAUCUCCGUUCUCCAAGCAGAGAGUGUUGCCCCGGAAUUGCCAUGUAGUAGCUCGUAUUUACAUACGGUUAGGAAAAGGCCCAAUGGUUCAGAAAAUUUACCUGCCAUCGUACCAGAAGUGAUUGUACAAGCCUCCUUAAAAGCAAGGAUCAGAGAGGAUGAGCUUGCACCCGGAGAAGAAGACUUUCUAAAUGUUGCACGUGGGACGGUUGCCGAUGAAAAUGAGGAGACAAGAGCUCAAGGGUUAAAUAACGAUGCCAAGAGCAAAAUCGACGAGGAUCUGGAACGAGAUUCAGCUAGAGCAAGAACAGAUAUGUCAGUGAGAAAGGGAAAACAAGUUUUUGGAGCAGAAGCGACUGUAAACUCAUCAUGUUCUGAUCAUAAGCAGGUUGAUUCCAGGAAAUCUUAUCGAGGUCAGCCAAGAUUAGAACGUGAUGAUGUACAAGCAGAGCUAAUAGAAGUAUUACCUUCUCAAUUUCAUGACUUUGAUACUCUACGAACAAGACGUGCUUUCAGAGCUGGACAAAUCUGGGCGGUUUAUGAUGACAAAGACGGAAUGCCAAGAUUUUAUUGUCGCAUUUUACGAGUUUCAAGGUCCUCAUCGUCAUUCAAAGCGAAGAUAGUUUGGCUUGAACCUACACCGAGGACGGAGGGGAAAAACCCCAAUUCUUGGUUGAAAGGUAAUAAGUUUGCUAUCGCUUGUGGAGAAUUUGUUGCAGGUGUUGAGAGUGUGGCUCAAUAUAUCAACAUCUUCUCGCACUGCGUUUCUUACAAGCUGAGAGAAGAUCCUGUCUUAAUCUAUCCCCUGAAAGACGAAAUAUGGGCCAUUUACUUAGAUUGGAUGCAGAAGCUGAGAGGCAAUGUAGAAGGUCAUAGAGACAGCAAGAACUCCAACCAGUCUUAUGAACUGGUGGAAAUUCUGCAUGAUUACUCCGAGAAACAAGGUGUGCUUACUGCAAGACUGGCUAAAACUCCAGGCUUUUCUGCUGUAUUCCACCGUACAGGAGCAAAACAGUACUUCUCACCUUCUCAGCUUCCAGCUUUUUCUCACCGUGUCUUGAGCGGGAAAGUACCAAAAAAUAUCAAACUUGGUAUCACGGGCGAUGCUUAUGAGCUUGACCCGGCUGGGUUACCUGAAUCUAUGAUACUAGGUAAUCCAUCUCCACAUUAGAACGUUGCUUUUGGUAAGAUGGGCAAACCUUUCCAGAACAGUCAUGUACAUAGUUGGAAGAAGUAUAAUACUGGAAGUGAGGUUUGGAGGCAUAUACAUUACAACGUAGUAGAACGAGAAUAGCUCAUCUAGCUAGAUGGGUUGACAGAGACCCUUCUUACUCGUGUUUGCACACAAUAGUUACAUUGCAUACACGCUUAGUUGAUCUUCAUCCUAGAAAACGAUUCGACUUGUGGUGAUGUCAGUAAUCUAUGCAUCUUUUUGAAUCACAAAGAUGGUAGGUUUCAUUGAAUUUCAUAUAAAGGUCUCAACGUCCUUCCAUGAAAUAUUGAAAAUAACUGUUUUUCAGGGACCCUCUGCAUG